AUGUCAACUAACCUAAAGAACUCGCGCUCCUUGCGCUUAACUGUCGCCGUUAUUAUUCCACUUGCGCUCUUUUGUUAUCUAUACUCGUGGAAACAAAUCCCAUCUGUCUCUAAUACCACAAUACCGGACCCCGGGACGACUACCACCACAGCGGCCCCGAUUUCAACAUCAGUGCCUCCAAAGGAACAUCCUUCUCCAGCACCCAUUUAUACGCUUCCAGACAAGGUCUGGCAUUCCGCCAAAUUUGAUAAUAUAUCAGAAAAUCAACGUGAAUGGACCGGCAGCUGGACAAAGAAAAACCCCACUUUCCGCUCGGAAUUGUUGACCGAUCGAUCGGCUGAAGCCUUCGUUCGCACUCAGUAUUAUAAAACGCGACCGGACAUCGUCGAAGUCUAUGAAGCCCUUACAAUACCCAUCCUACGUGCAGACUUGUUCCGUUACUUGGUUGUUCUCGCCGAAGGCGGAAUUUGGGGAGAUUUAGACACUUCAUGCGAGAAAGAGGUUUCUGAGUGGGUACCCGUGGAAUACCAAAAUGAGAACAUCGAUAUGAUUGUCGGAUUGGAGUUCGACUUUGAAUGGCGAGGACCGGGGACAGAAGUUGCUUCCCAGUUCUGCAACUGGAUAUUUGUCGCACGGAAGUCGUCGCGCAAUCUUCAAAUUAUCGUUGACACUGUCGUCAAGACCUUGAAAGAUAUUGCCCGAGAAAACGCCGUGGGCAUCGAAGGAAUUACCCUAGAAAUGCUUUCGGACGUCGUCAACGUGACGGGACCUAAGAUUAUGACGAUCGCGAUCAUGGACAGUCUCGAACAAUUGCUCGGCAGACCCGUGGAUGAUCGCGAUUAUGCACACACUAAACGGCCUAAGCUGGUCGGUGAUGUUUUGAUCAUGCCUGGAGUCUCUUUCGCUGCUCUUCAAAAUGGAAACCCGACGGAUCAAGGUGAUGUCCUUGUGACUCAUCAUUAUGAGGGCUCAUGGAAGAAGGCAGAUGCAGAAGCAAAGGCGCAGAAAAAACUAAAGCAAGAACAAGAACAAGAACAGCAGCAACAGGAAGAGGCAUCAUCACCACCACCUCCACCUCCACCUCCAGCACCAGAAAUAUCAGCAUCACCUGUUGCUGCGGCCUGA